AUGCCUCCUGAUGGCUACCACUCAGUGUCCGUGGGGACCUGCGAGUGGCCGUCCUGCCCCGCCCGGGCCCUCCCGCUGCCCGGGACGCCCCCGGCCUCCCGCGGCUCCGUGCCCGUGCUCCGCGCCUUCGGGGUCACCGACGCUGGCGUCUCGGUCUGCUGCCACAUCCACGGCUUCGCACCCUACUUCUACACUCCGGCACCCCCUGGUUUCGGCCCCGAGCAUCUGGCUGAGCUGCAGCAGGAGCUGAACGCCGCCAUCAGCAGGGACCAGCGCGCCGGCAAGGAGCUGAAGGGGCCCGCGGUGCUGGCGGUGGAGCUGUGCUCCCGCGAGAGCAUGUUCGGUUACCACGGGCACGGCCCCUCGCCCUUCCUCCGCAUCACGCUGGCCUUGCCCCGUCUGGUGGCGCCCGCCCGUCGGCUCCUGGAGCAGGGCAUCCGCGUGGCGGGCCUGGGCACCCCCAGCUUCGCACCCUACGAGGCCAAUGUGGACUUUGAGAUCCGGUUCAUGGUGGACGCAGACAUCGUGGGCUGUAACUGGCUGGAACUGCCACCGGGGAAGUACAUCCCGAGGCCCCAGGAGAAGACCACGCUGUGUCAGCUGGAGGUGGACGUGCUGUGGUCCGACGUGGUCAGUCACCCCCCAGAGGGGCCGUGGCAGCGGAUCGCACCCCUGCGUGUGCUCAGCUUCGACAUCGAGUGUGCUGGCCGCAAAGGCAUCUUCCCUGAGCCGGAGCGGGACCCUGUGAUCCAGAUCUGCUCGCUGGGCCUGCGCUGGGGUGAGCCCGAGCCCUUCCUGCGCCUGGCGCUCACCCUCAAGCCCUGCGCCCCAAUCCUGGGUGCUAAGGUGCAGAGCUAUGAGCGAGAGGAGGAGCUGCUGCAGGCCUGGUCCAGCUUUAUCCAAGCCAUGGACCCCGACGUGAUCACAGGCUACAACAUUCAAAACUUCGACCUUCCAUACCUCAUCUCUCGGGCCCAGACCCUGAAGGUGACGAGGUUCCCCUUCCUGGGCCGCGUCCUGGGGCUCCGCUCCACCAUCCGAGACUCGUCCUUCCAGUCAAAGCAGACGGGCCGGCGGGACAGCAAGGUGGUCAGCAUGGUGGGCCGAGUGCAGAUGGACAUGCUGCAGGUGCUGCUGCGGGAGUACAAGCUGCGCUCCUACACGCUCAAUGCUGUGAGCUUCCACUUCCUGGGCGAGCAGAAGGAGGAUGUGCAGCAUAGCAUCAUCACUGACCUGCAGAACGGGAACGAGCAGACUCGCCGCCGCCUGGCUGUGUACUGCCUCAAGGACGCCUUCCUGCCACUGCGGCUGCUUGAGCGGCUCAUGGUGCUGGUCAACGCCGUGGAGAUGGCCCGCGUCACCGGCGUGCCUCUCGGCUACCUGCUCAGCCGGGGCCAGCAGGUCAAGGUCGUGUCCCAGCUGCUGCGGCAGGCCAUGCGCCAGGGGCUGGUAAUGCCCGUAGUGAAGACAGAGGGCGGGGAGGACUACACGGGGGCCACGGUCAUCGAGCCCCUCAAAGGGUAUUAUGAUGUCCCCAUCGCCACCCUGGACUUCUCCUCGCUGUACCCGUCCAUCAUGAUGGCUCACAACCUGUGCUACACCACCCUGCUGCGGCCUGGCGCCGCCCAGAAACUGGGCCUGGCCGCAGAGCAGUUCAUCAAGACGCCCACCGGGGACGAGUUUGUGAAGGCCUCCGUGCGCAAGGGGCUGCUGCCGCAGAUCCUGGAGAACCUGCUCAGCGCCCGCAAAAGGGCUAAGGCCGAGCUAGCCCAGGAGAAGGACCCCCUGCGCCGGCAGGUCCUGGACGGGCGGCAGCUGGCGCUGAAGGUGAGCGCCAACUCCGUGUAUGGCUUCACCGGCGCUCAGGUGGGCAAGCUCCCGUGCCUGGAGAUCUCACAGGUGAGCUCCCCGCUGCCCUCUCCCUGUGGAGUUGGCCUCAUUCUGUCCUCCCAUCAGCCACGUGUGGCAACUCACACGAACAUCGCUGUCCUUCCCCUGGGGUUUCCCAUCUGGGCUGCCUCUGAUUUCCAUGGAUCCAGCUACAUCGCAUCUCAGUCCUGUAGAACUUCCCUAGAAAGUUCCUACGUCUGCAUUACCUAA